CCGCCAUGCGCGCUGCCCCCGCCGCCUCGCUGCUCCAGCUGCUGCUCCUGCUGGGGCCGCGGCUCGAGGCUGCGGGCGUCGCAGAGCCGCCGCUGCCCGCCGUGGUCCUUGCCAUCCUGGCCCGCAAUGCCGAGCACUCUCUUCCCCACUACCUGGGCGCGCUGGAGCGGCUGGACUACCCCCGGGCCAGGCUGGCCCUCUGGUGUGCCACAGACCACAACGUGGACAACACCACAGAGAUGCUGCAGGAGUGGCUGGCUGCUGUGGGCGAUGACUAUGCCGCUGUGGUCUGGAGGCCUGAGGGAGAGCCCAGGUCCUACCCAGACGAAGAGGGCCCUAAGCACUGGACCAAAGAAAGGCACCAGUUUCUGAUGGAGCUGAAACAGGAAGCCCUGACCUUUGCCAGGGGCUGGGGUGCCGACUAUAUCCUGUUUGCAGAUACGGACAACAUUCUGACCAACAACCAGACGCUGCGGCUUCUGAUCGAGCAGGGGCUGCCCGUGGUGGCCCCGAUGCUGGACUCUCAGACCUACUACUCCAAUUUCUGGUGUGGGAUCACCCCCCAGGGCUACUACCGCCGCACAGCCGACUACCUCCCUACCAAGAACCGCCAGCGCCGGGGCUGCUUCCGCGUCCCCAUGGUCCACUCCACCUUCCUGGUAUCCCUGCGGGCGGAGGGGACAGAACAGCUGGGCUUCUACCCCCCUCACCCCAACUAUACCUGGCCCUUCGACGACAUCAUCAUCUUCGCCUACGCCUGUCAGGCUGCUGGGGUCUCGGCCCACGUGUGCAACGAGCACCGUUAUGGGUACAUGAACGUGCCUGUGAAAUCCCACCAGGGGCUGGAGGAUGAGAGAGUCAACUUCAUCCACCUGAUCUUGGAAGCGCUGGUGGAUGGGCCCCCCAUGUGGGCCUCAGCUCAUGUGUUCCGGCCCCCAAAGAGGCCCAGCAAGAUGGGGUUUGAUGAGGUGUUUGUCAUCAGCCUGGCCCGCCGGCCCGACCGCCGAGAACGCAUGCUGAGUUCGCUCUGGGAGAUGGAGAUCUCUGGGCAUUUGGUGGAUGCCGUGGACGGCCGGACACUCAACAGCAGUGUCAUGAGGAGCCUCGGCGUGGACCUGCUUCCCGGCUACCAGGACCCCUACUCGGGCCGCACACUGACCAAGGGCGAGGUGGGCUGCUUCCUCAGCCACUACUCCAUCUGGGAGGAGGUGGUUGCCCGGGGCCUGGCCCAGGUCGUGGUGUUUGAGGACGACGUGCGUUUUGAGAGCGAUUUCAAGAUGCGGCUGGAGCGGCUGAUGAAGGAGGUGGAGGCGGAGAAACUUCCUUGGGACCUGAUCUACCUCGGCCGGAAGCAGGUGAACCCUGAGGAGGAGGCAGCCGUGGAGGGGCUGCCACACCUGGUGGUGGCCAGCUACUCGUACUGGACACUGGCGUACGUCCUGAGCCUGGCCGGCGCCCGCAAGCUGCUGGCCUCCCAGCCCCUGCACCGAAUGCUGCCCGUGGAUGAGUUCCUGCCCAUCAUGUUUGACCAGCACCCCAAUGAGCAGUACAAGGCACACUUCUGGCCGCGGGACCUGCGGGCCUUCUCAGCCCGGCCCCUGCUCGCUGCUCCCACCCACUACGCGGGGGACGCUGAGUGGCUCAGCGACACAGAGACGUCCUCGCCCUGGGACGAUGACAGCGGCCGCCUCAUCAGCUGGAGUGGCUCUUAUAAGACCCUGCGGGACCCCCACCUGGACAUGGCCGGCAGCAGUGGGCACAGCCUCCAUCCCCACCCCCAGGAUGAGCUCUAGGUCAGGGUGGUGACUCCAGAGAAGUACCCGGGAAUAGGCCAUAGCUGUCCAGGGAGCAGAGCAAGAGCCGCCACCAGGAACCAUAGACCCAGUAGAGACCUGGCUGCCACCUUGGGCAUGGCCACUCUGCCCUCUUGACCCGCCUUCCACUGGGAGAAACCACUCAGAGAUGGGUCCCCUUCCCCAAAGGUCACGUAGCACAAGGGCAGGGCUCGCAGGCCCUCUUACUUUGCCAGCCUGAUUCCGGGCCUGGGGUGGAGGGAAGAAGGGAGGGCCCCCAGCCUUCAGUUUCAAGCUGGGCGGACACAGGAGCCCUGCCCCCAGCUGAAGACCCAGCUGCUGGGGCCCCUCUGCCACCUUCUACCUCCACCUCAGUUCCCUACCCAGCUUGACACAUGGGUCUCACGUGCCACCCUCUUCCCUGGCCAGUGGGAAGUGCAGGGAGGUGGGAGGAGGACCCAGCACACAGUAGGCCCUCAAUAAAAGCUGGCUGGUAUUGCACUUUA